ACGGGGGAAUCGGGGGAACGGGGCUGUGAGCAGAACAGGGUGGACCAGGACUGUGAGCCGAGCAGGCGGAGCAGGGCGGUGAGGGCAGUGCCGGUGGGGAUCAGGUCAUGGGCGAGCACCGGCACGGUCAGGGCUGUGAGGGAGGCACCGAGGGAAGAGGGACUGAAGGGAAUGCUGUGGGGAUUGAGGCUGUGAGGACCCAGCCAGCUGCGGGGAGCAUGGAGGGAGCAGGUGGCCGGCCUGGGCAACUAUGGGCUGCGAGGCACACGGCACAGUGUGGGCAUGGAGGUGCUGGACCAGCUGGCCCGGCAGCUGGCGGUGGCCGAGGGCUGGCGAGUGGACAAGCGGUGCUGUGCUGAUGUGGCCCUGGCCACAGCCCACGGCCUGGAGCUGCUGCUGCUGAAGCCACGGAGGUUCAUGAACCUCAAUGGUCUCAGCGUUGCCAGUGCUGCUGAGAUCUAUAGCCUUGGCCCUCAAGACAUUUACCUGGUUCACGACGACCUGGACAAGGCCCUGGGCAAGGUGGCCAUCAAGCUGGGAGGCAGUGCAAGGGGACACAACGGGGUCCAGUCCUGCAUCAGUGCUCUGCAGUCCAACGAGAUGACCCGGCUCAGGAUCGGCAUUGGGCGGCCAGAGGGUGAUGUGACAGUGCCCGACUAUGUCCUGUCCCCGUUCAGUGCUGGGGAGCGGGAGAAGCUGGAGCAGAUCCUGGCCCAGGCAGUGACCUGCCUGCUGGAGAACAUCCAGAGCCGAGCACCUACAGAGCCAGGGGACAGGGGCUGACACAAACCCACGGGGACCCUGGUGGCUGAUGGACAGGGUGCUGCAGGCACUCCGGAGUGACCGUGGUGCGGAGCAGAGCUGGCCCAGCAGUGUGCUUGGGAGCUGGGGCAGCCUCCUUCCAUCCCCACACCAAUCCAGGCAGCUCGUGUCCCGCUUGAAUCCCUGCAGGGGCUCCAUUCCGUGCCAAACUGCCAACCUCAGUUUGGCACAGAAAUUAAAUAAACCCUCACCCUAACUCUG